AUGCGUACACUUACCCUGGUGUUUUGUGUGGCUACGGUAGGGGGGUACCUCCAUUUCCAGAAAGAGAUUCCUAAUGGUGGAAAUGUAUCACAUCCAUGUAAGUUGAACGACACAUGGGAAGGUGUGGGGCAUCUGAACCCCUACGGAGAAGGCUACUUGAAUCCAUUCGGCCAGGACUUCAAAAGCGCAGGAAUGACUUGGACCAAAACCCUGUGCAAAACAGACUCUGACGGGGAUGGGAAAACAAACGGAGAGGAGUUGGGAGAUCCGGAAUGUAUUUGGACCAAAGGAAGCAGUCCAACAGUUACACAUGACAUAAGUCAUCCUGGUGUUUGUACCCCAUACUCGGCUCCCGCCUGCCAGGCAGUCAAUACCUGGAUCGACUGUGAGAUAAAGGAUAAGACGUGCGAUGCGAUCAACGAAAUUGGUAUGAAAAACACCACUGUGAGAAUUCCUGAGACCGCAGUGCCAUUGGCUGAGACAACGUAUCACUGUAUGCUCUUUGAAUUUCCGGCAGACGGCGAUUAUCACUUUGUUGCAUUUGAACCUUACAUUGAUAAUGCUAAUGUAAAUCAUCAUAUACUUCUGUUUGGUUGUGAUGAUUCAGUUAAAGCUCUAAGGACCUCCAAUAUCAACAGUGUUCGUCCGUGUAAUGCUACUCCAGAACCAUACUGUCAGACGUUAAUGGGCGUUUGGAAUUACGGCUCUCCUAGUCAGUGUAUGCAUAAGAAUGCUGGAUUCAGGAUAGGACAGAAUGGUUACAGACAUGCUGUUCUCCAGUUGCACUGGAACAACCCAGAACAUCGCUCCGACUACACUGAUAGCUCUGGAAUGAAGUUGUAUUUUACCUCCAAUCUCCGACAACACGAUGCCACGACGUUGACUGUCGGUACAACAUAUAUAGAAAUACCACCCGGUGAGGAAAAUGUUGAGGUUGAAGCUUUAUGCAGUAGUGACUGUUCAUCGCGAUAUUUGUCAGGACCAAUCUAUAUCAUCUCUGCAGAGAACCAUAUGCAUCUCUUAGGAAGGAAACAAAAAAUCCAGCUUUACCGAAAAGGAGUGUGGAUCGCAGAUAUUACCAAUGAGGUGUUUAAGUACGGAACAAAUAAUUAUUUUCAAUUUACAACUCCUAUUGAAGUUCUUCCUGGAGAUGAAAUCAAAAUUACAUGUUCCUACAAUUCAGUUGAUCAGAAUUUGACGACAAUUAUGGGAGAAGACACUUCAGAUGAGAUGUGCUUCGGAUUUCUUAUUGUCUAUCCCGAACAGCACCUGACUGGACGUGACUGCGCAUCAUGGAUGGACUUAGAUUUGUGUAAAGUAAUUGAUUUUAACUCCGAUUUUCCUACAAUGAAUGGCUGUUACACGAAUUCAUUGAUAAACCCAUUUAACACGGAUCUCGCCGCUAUUAUUACAAAUCUCAACAAACUUUGCAAACCCUUCGAUUUAUGUACAUCCGAAUGCAAACGUUAUGUCAGGGACUUAAUAUCGAAGAACAAGUGUUUCCAGGGGACUAUCGACCUUUUUUUGAGGCAUUAUGCCGUAUCACACGCUAAAUUUCUCAUGACCAUUUUCGCUGCUAUCGAUUCUUGUAAAGCAGAGAUAGAGCUAGAUACAUGUCAAGACCGAUGCGACUUGAUUGCGUGA